GUUUCUGUGACUUCGAAUGCUUUGGAGGUUUUGCGCGCUCUAUCAAAAACCCGUAAAAUAUUCUCCAAUUAUAAAACAAACUACACAACAACCAACACCGGUCUCUUUACGCGCGCGUAAAUAAGACUAUUUUAAAAUCAAGCGAAAAAUAAAAAGGCCAGCAAAUAACUCAAGUAUUGUGUUAGUGCGUGUGUGUGUUUGUGUGUGUAUCCUUAAAUCCUCGCUGCUGCCCCCGCACAACAAACUGCACACAGGGUGUGGUGUGUGUUUUGUUUGAGAAAAAUUCCAGCACAAGCGUAAAAAAAAUUUAAAAAAAAACAUGUCUGUCUCCUCGAAUGCCUCGUCCGCAUCCCGCAACGGGAGUGUUGAUGAUAGCACAACAACAACGACAACAAACACGGAGGGCUCCGAACUGACGCACAUCUUGAAUCGACGCCAGGAGAUUAUGGAUUCGCUAGAGGCGGGCAUUGAGGUGCCGCGCAGCUUCAAGGUGGUCAAUGUCUACACCGAAUUCCAUGAAUUUUCGCGCAAGCAAAUCAAGGACUAUCAGAAGACAUUCAAUACCUAUGAUACGGCAAGAGAUGGUUUCUUGGAUUUGAACGAACUGAAGUAUAUGAUGGAAAAGCUGGGUGCACCACAAACGCACUUGGGCCUGAAGCGAAUGAUUGCCGAGGUCGAUGAGGAUCACGAUGGCAAAAUCUCAUUCCGUGAAUUCCUAUUGAUCUAUCGUAAGGCGCAGGCCGGUGAAUUGGAUAAUGAUUCUGGGCUGAAUCAAUUGGCCCGGCUCACCGAAAUCGAUGUGGAACAGGUGGGCGUCAAUGGGGCAAAGAGUUUCUUUGAGGCGAAAAUUGAGCAGCAGCUGCAAUCGAAUAAAUUCCACGAUGAGAUCAGGCAGGAGCAGGAGGAGCGGCGUCGCGAGGAUGAGGAACGCGUCCAGAGACGCCAGCAGUUUCAGCAGCGUGCAGCCAUCUUUCAAUAGAAAGCGAGAGAUAUAUUCAUCUAUAUCUAUAAAUACAUAUAAUUUGUAGGUUAAACGAAAUGCUAAUUAGCACACAUAUAGGAGCAGGACUUUGAUACACAUGCAUUACAUAAAUAUAUAUAUAUAUCCCAUCACUUGAAUACCGAACUAAUCACAUCCAUAAUUACUAUAUACACAUAUAUCCUCUCAAUCUAUAAUGAGCAUACCAAAAGCAUAACUUUUAGUUACACAUAUACAUUAUUUAAGUACAAAGGAAUCAGAAUUAUAUAUUUUGUGUUUAGUUUUAGUGUCUUCUUUUUUGGUAUUGCGUUUUUCAAUUGUUAAAUUUUCUUUGCUUUUAAUUUUUGUUAUUGUUAGUGCCAUUUUUUUGUAUUUUUUUUUAUUUCGUUUCGAGUUUGCAUUUUGUUAAUAAAUAUUCAACACACACACAUAUGUUUAAAUUUCAAACACACAAAAGAAGUACUAUUUUUUAUAACAACAUUUUGUACAUAUUUAUGUUGAAAUUUGACUUGAAAUUUGUACGAUGUAUGAAAAAAAUAAAUAUAUAUAAUUUAAGUUGAAAAUUGCAGUAUUUUCCUUCAGCAUACAUAAAUAAAUAAAACGCCGUGCAAGCAAUAUUAUUAAUAUGAUUAUCAAUUAAAUGAAACGGCAAUUACUAUACUUACAUAUGAAUUACUACUGUAUAUAGUGCAAAUAAAAAAAAUAUAUGUGGAAAAAAC